CGCGGACAGCGCCCAGGCGCCUGCUCCAGCCGGAAGGGAUGGGGAGAAUUCCCAAUGACGCAUUUAGACUCAGGUUAAACCAGCACGAUUUCGCCCCCGCUUUUCCUUUACCUUACGAGAAUAAACGAGGUUACAUUGAGCUCCUCCUGACCCGCGAGGCUGUCUUCACGCACAACAAAUGCCCGCGGUACAGGUGGGCUGUUGCGGGCGAGAAAGCGAGGAAUUUUGCAAGAAAUACAUGAACCCCGUGGCGCCCCAGGAAGCCACAGUGGUCUGCGCCUUGGUGACCAGCCUUCAGGGUGGGAGAUGGAAGAGAUCUCUGGCUCUCUCCUCCUCGUUUCCUUUUCUGCAGGGCUGAAGAGCAGAGCCUGUUGCUGGCCAGCCCUCCCCUCCUCUUGGUCUCACACCCAGACCCAGCCAGACACGUCUGCUCGCGCGCGAGUGUUUACACACGUUCUCCAGCAAAUCCAGAGGCGCGGGCACAUGCACUUCGGGGUUAAGGUAGGGGGGUCAGGGCCUCUGUCUGCACCAACAGGCACAGGCAUUGACACACGCAGGCCAGGAAAGCGUGUCGCCGCGGUCGUGUGUCCCCACGCAGGUGCCCAGAGCGCGCCUGGCGCGCGGUUGCUGAAGCGAUCGCGCGCACAGCCACACAGGCCACCCUUAAGUCUGCUGGCUGGACCCCAUCUCCAUGACAACAGGCAUGGAAGACCAGUGCUUUGGAAGGAAUCAGUAUCCGAGGAGUCAUCCAAAGAUGCUCUUAAAAGACAAAUUCUCUUAAGGUUUGAAAUCUGAAAGGUUUUAGGGUGGAUCUGGGAAGAUCCCAAGGUUUGGAUCUCAGGGAAACUCUGAGAUUUAUGCGUUUCACCUAUGAAGACAUCUGGGCCAAGCACUGAUGCCAGCAGAAAUUCUGAAGAACCACAAGAAUGUACCCAUGAAUAAUGAGUAGUACCUACUGCGGCAAUUCUUCAGCUAAGAUGAGCGUCAACGAAGUCUCCACUUUCUCAUUGACACUGGAGCAAAAAACUGGCUUUGCUUUCGUUGGGAUUUUGUGCAUCUUUUUGGGACUUCUUAUUAUCAGAUGCUUCAAAAUUCUGCUAGACCCAUAUAGUAGCAUGCCUUCCUCUACAUGGGAAGAUGAAGUUGAAGAGUUUGACAAAGGGACAUUUGAAUACGCACUUGCCUGAGAGUUCCAGAUGUAGACUUGUUAUGGUUGGGACAGUGAGAGAAGUGGGGGCUGUGUCUGCGAGUACCUUGUGUGUACUGGAGAGGAACUCAUUCAUUCACUGAAUUCAAUAAACAUCUGUGAUUGACCCAUCAA